AUGUCACGGCCAACAUCGUCCCGAUCAUCGCCCGCUGCACCAGCAGCAUCGUCAUCGUCCGCUUCUGCUUCCUCCGCCCCCGAUCUGACCCUCCCAGAUCCACCGCACUCCAACGCAUCAGCUGUCGUCUUCUCCCCGACACCCGCAUCCACCACCUCUCUCCUCGUCUCCAGUUGGGACCAUCACGUCCACCACUACACCAUCGACACUGCCCAAAUCUCAUCCACAUCCGCCAUCAGGAAGAUCCAAACCUUCCCGCACGAAGCACCCGUCCUCGACGUCUGCUACAUCACCCCCACCCUCGCAGCCUCUGCUUCGGUGGAUCGACGUAUUCGACUGCUGGACCUUUCCACCGGCAAGACGCUGAUCCUGGGGAAACACGAGGAUACGGACAAGGUGCUAGCGAUGGACGUCUCGCCGCCGUUCGCACAAGCCGUCGGUUCCGACGAAAAGAUCUACUCUGCAAGCAAACCAGGCAUCCCCACAAAACGCGACUCAACCCCACGCCUCGUCGUAGCUAUGGCAGGACGUCACGUGCACGUCUACGACCUGCUCCCCCUCCGCCGUACGAUCGACAAGGAACGAUCCGGUCAGGAGGUCAAAGCACGAGACUGGGCACCGGAUCAGAGGAGGGAGAGUUCGCUCAAGUUCAUGGCGAGGGAUCUGCGGUGCAUGCCCGCGGGCGACGGGUAUGCGAUGUCGAGCAUAGAGGGGAGGAUCGCCGUUGAGUUCUUCGAUACCAGCGAGGCGGUUCAGAGCGGCAAGUAUGCGUUCAAGUGUCACAGGGAGACAAUUAAAGAAGGGCAGGAGGUGGAUGAUAUGGGGAUCGAGGGGGAGGAAGAGAUGGAGAAGCCGUACGAUGUGGUCUUUCCCGUUCAUGGGAUCGCGUUUCAUCCCAGACACGGAACGUUCGCAAGCCUGGGCGGAGACUCGAUCGUCAGCGUAUGGGACGCCGCCGCCAAGAAACGCAUCCGGCAGUACCCAAAAUUGUCAUCCUGCGUCACGGCAGGUGCGUUCGAUCCAUCUGGGAGCUUGUUGCUGGUCGCGACGGGGAGCAGCGAGCUGCGCGAUGGCGACGAGGUUAAAGUGGAGCUCGUGAUCAAGUGCAAUGCUUGGAACGAGUGUAAGCCGAGACUCAAGUCUUCCAGCAGCAGCAGCAGCAGCAGCAAGAAGUAG